ACCAUGGACAUCUACCGGCUCGGGAAGCUCAAGCUCUUUCGGAAGAAGAAGGGACAGGACCUCCGUGCGCAGAGCGUGUACGACCUCCAGCGGUUUCGGGCGUUGUACCUUGGCGCGACGCAGAGUCGGGGCCUCGCACCGCCGCCCGCCUUUGACAAGUGCGUCUACAAGGCGAUUUCAACGCAAUCGAACCUCGUGCUCGUGGACUUUCGUGGCCAAGACGUGAGCGACAAUCAGCUGCUCGCACUAGUCGAGACGCUCCUUGAGAUUCCGAUCCUUUCGAGCCUCGACUUGCGCGACAACCUCAUUACAGAAGAGGGCGGUCUCUCCAUCUUGGAGCUGCUCCGCCACCAGCUCAUUAGCGCCAAAGCCAAGAGCGCGGGACCGUCGUUGGAGUACACGCGCUUGAUCACAAAGGUCGAUCUGCGCGGCAACAACGUGUCCGAGCCGACGCUGCAGACGAUUCGGCAGUACACGGCGAUGCUGGCGCGGGAAGACAAGCGGCUCCAGAUCAAGUCGAUCUUGAACCAACUCGACUACAACGCGUCCGGGUCGCUCGAUGAGAACGAAGUGCGCAUUGCACUCAAGCUCGCGAGCGGCGUCGAGCCGACAAAGAAGGAAGUCGGGAACAUCAUGGAGCAGCUCGGGCUGCUGAGCUGGCAGCUCUCGAACGGCCCGUCCCCGUCCCAGAAGCAAACGUCCGAAGCGAGCUUGCGCGCGGCGCUGGAGAACAUUCUUCUCGCACGCUUCGCGCGGUCGCCCGCCAAGAAGGACAUGGAAGGGAUGCCGCCACUCGAGUCCCUUGCGCACAUUCGCCAUGCUGAGCUCACGAUGCCGUCCAACUACAAUGCUGAAGACCCGAGUGAUGACGACGACCAAGUGCCGCCAAUGGUCGCCGCCGCACGACGCAGCUCUGUGCGCCUUGGAAGCAGCCUCUCCUCGCUGAGUAGUCACGUUUCGUCCGAGGGUACCAUCUCACCAGACGACGUCGAGAUGCCGCCGCUGGAUCUCGAGUCGCCUCCGACGAGCCGCCCACCGUCGCCCACGGCAGCUGCGCGUCCCCCGCCGAUCGUGAUCCCGGUGCAGCAAUCGUUGUCACCGAUGCCAUCGCCGGUUGUGUCGCCGGUUGCAUCCCCAGUGGCCGCGGAACACUACGUGCACCGCAGCAGUGACGCAUCUGUAGUCAUGCACAUGAUCUCGCCUCUGCUUUCGCCCGUCCAGACGCCGCCCACGUCCCCGACAAUGACUCUCAUGACGCCACAUCGUGAGGCGCAGCCGAUAGCAGACGCGAUGCCGUCAACUAACACGUCGAUUCUACCGCCGCCACUGCUUCCAGUAACCCCCGAGGCGCCUCACCCCCCGGUCGUAGCAACGUCGUUUGCACCCACUGCCAUCGAUCCACCAGUGCCUGCUCCCGAGGAUGCCGCGAAUGUGCAACCACCAACGAGCGAGUCGGAAGCGAAUCUUGGCGAAGACCCAAGGCCCAAUGCUGCAUUCAUAAACUCACCCACGUCGUCGCUAUCAGCCGGCGACUGCAUGUCCCCACCUGAUGCGUCACCUUGCACGUCACCGGUCGCGGCGCUCGUCGCUCCUUUGCCAGCGCCGCUUUUGCCCCCGAGCUCACCGCCCUUUGCAGCUUUAGCGUCGGCGAUGGCGCCCUCCAGUCCCAGUCGAUUGCAGUCCGUCAGCGAACGGCGCGUCUCGUUGGAGAGCCUCGCCAACGGCGACGACAGCGACGACGACGAUCCAUUUGAGCUGGCAUCGCCGGAAGAAUCCCGGAGUCUUGAAACCGCAACGGCGUCGAUCUUGGAGAUGACGGUGGUCGACGACGCCCGCUGCGAAGACGAGGCAACCUCCGAGCCUGGUACACCGUACACAUGCGAGCAGCAGCCGGCCAUGUACCAAGGCUACGAGCGGGUCGCGGCCAAGCUUCAACACCCGCAAAUGGCGUCGACGUUCCAGUGGGCUUUGCUGUUUCCAGACGUCCCGCUCUCCAACGUGGUGGCGCUCAUUCUGUGCCACAAUGCCCUCGAGUCCAUUUCCUUUCAAGACAUGCAGCUGCGGCAUUUGCGCGUCCUCGACCUGUCCGCCAACAAGCUGCACAAGCUCACACCCAUGGAUGUCCAGCCACUGCGCCAGCUCGAGGUCCUGGACCUGAGCUUCAAUGCCUUUCGUACGAUUCACGGCAUUGAGCACCUUACGCAUCUCAAAGCACUCAACUUUGCCGGGAACCACAUCAAGGCGGUCAAGAACCUCGAGUUCCUCGAGCAUCUUGAGAUCCUGAACUUGGCGCAAAACGAAAUUCUAACGCCGCAAGCCCUCCGGCUCCUCUCUCUCAACAAGCACCUCACGCACUUGAACAUUGACGACAACCCGGUUGUGAGCCAGGGCAACCACCGCCACCACAGCGCCCAUAUACUCAACAUCAUUCCGACGCUGCGGUCGCUCGGCUGCAUCCACCUCGCGGCGCUCAUUUUGCGGGAGAAGCGCAAGGACAAGAGCGCCAAACCCAAAGACGACACGCCGUCCGUGGUCACCGCCGUCGACGAGACGGACAGUCCGUACUGGAUUGCACAAGCGUGCAAAAACGUCGGCUUGGUCUGCGAUGCGCCCGAGGAGGCACCGCGCACACCGUCGCCAAAAAAGGUAUCGCGGCACGAGCAACGGUCGCGCGACGAGCUGCGCGCCAAGUCGUUUGCCCACCACAUAAAGAAAGAGUCGCCGCCGCCACCACCGAUGCCGCUCAAGACGAAGCCCAAGUGCUCGUUCGCCGCACAGCAGAAGCGAGCGAUCAUGCUGAGUACGCCCAAGCCGUCGGCGGUCAAGCCGCCGCCGCCACCAAAAGUCGCACCACCGCCGCCCAGGAGCGUACCGGUGGUUUCGACCUUGAGAGGGUUUCUCCAGCCGACGCAGGCGUCGAUCCACAGUACGCUGGCCGCCGAGCGCGAGAAAUCCGCCAAAAUCAAAAAGCCCAAGUCGGCCAUGCACAAGCGACUACUGCGACGUGAGGAAAAGCUACGACAAUACUUGGUGGCGACGUCGCCGCCCAAGCUCGCACCGCCGUCGCCUCCAGCACCUCGGGCAACGACGGUGCCUCUCGUCUUGUCGCCAUCACCAGCGCGCAACCAGACGAGCACGAGUAGUACGCCGGGUCUGCACUCCGACUCGUCGACCGAAGCCUUUUUGCAAACCAUUCGGUUGCGCGAAUUUGUGACGCAUGUGGCUGAAGACCAUGCGACGGCCUUGUCCGCGCUCGAUAUUCUCGUGACGCUCUGCGAGCGCAGCAGCCUCGAGAUGGCCAAGCUCAUCGACUUCAAGACCAAUUUGGAUUCGAUGCAUAUCCUCGGGUACUUCUACGUCGAACCAUCAAUGCAGCAGGUGCUUGAUGCAAGCCCGAUGGAGCACGACAGCGUUCGACAGCAGCUGACCGAGCUCCACGACCUCAAGCGCGCAAUGGCGUCGAUCUUGAGCAACGUCGACUGGCCUGCUACGACAGCAACGGGGAGCGUCUCGUCCAGCACCACAUCGCUUCUCCGCGCCGCUUGCGAGGCUCUGCGGACGUCUGCAAUCGGUAACCUUCUCUCGUCGCCGGCGCCAACGUCGCUCGACCUACUCUCGCCCACGAGCUCUGUCGCCGGAAACACUGCUACGUUUUCGUUUGCCGUGGAUGGCCGCGCUGAGCCGCACCGAGAGCUGGCGGUGGCCACCGACGACGACGACGUGUUCUUCCGAGACGAGCCGAGUACGCUAGUCGUGGAAGAAGCUACCCCGAACGACGCAGUGUUUUUGGACACGACUUCGGUCAACGACCCGCUAGACGCCACGUUUGAUAUCGACGCCGCGAAGGACGAGCUACUCGCCGACGCUGCUGGUGAUGCUGAUGACACGAAGGUUCCCGAGACUGACGAUGCUCUCGAUGGCGAGCUCGAUGAAGUGGCCAUAGUCCACGACGUGGUCUCUACCGAGGAGUAUGAGGAGGAGGAAGUAGCCGAAGCUGAGGCAGUGGAAGACGAAGAAGAAGCUGAAGAGGCAGAAGAAGCUGAAGAAGCUGAAGAAGACGAAGAUGCGGAAGAAGAUGAAGAUGCGGAAGAAGACGAAGAAAACGAAGACGCUGCUGUGGAUGAAGCAGCUGUAGAGGACGAUGAAGAGGCUGCAGAGUACGACGAAGAGACUGCAGAAGACGACGCAGACGGCGCCGCAGAAGCUGCAGACGACGACGAGGAGGAAGGAGAAGCCGAUGACGAUGCGCUGACGCACGGCGAUUGGGAGCAAGGGUUUGACGAAUCGUCUCAGCAUCAUUACUGGUUCAACUCGGCGACGGAAGAAAGUUCGUGGACGCCGCCACCGGGCUGGCCGUACGAUCUCCAGGGCAACCUCCUCGCAUCGCAAACUGCCGCCAACGACGACGAAGAAGAAGACGAGGACGGUGAAGAGAACGAGGCGGAAGAAGACGCGUCCGAAGAGUUGAGCCUCGAGGCGCGGAUUGCGAUGGCGCUUCAGGGCGGCAGCGCUCCCGCCGACGAUGAAGUUGACUUUAGCGACAACGACUCGCUUCCUGACCUGUAGACGAGUCCUAAGACUAUGCAAUUGUGCACGUAAACUUUCUCAUUAUUCGCGCA